GAAACAAGCGCUAGUUGCAGGUAACAACGGGGAGCCGGUGAGCGAGAUCGAUUUACGGUGUCUUUACACUUAUUUUAAAAGGUGACAUCCUUGUAAAACAGCUGUUACAAUGGGAGUGGCACUUACAAGAGCUGCUCAGUGGACAACUGCAGGCUCUGGAACUGGCACGUUAGAAAUCACACCUCUGAAUGAAUCUCUUCUAAACGACAUCAUAAAGUUUGUGGGGGCUUUUAGCUCCAGGCAUCCAGAAGAGGCAGAAUUCUUCUUCAUAGAACCCCUGGAAUGGAAAACCAAUUUGGAACCAUCCGCGUUUGAAUCUGGUUAUGAUAUUAGUGACAAAAAUUUAACAUCUGAAGAAAAGGACACACAUGGCCAUCCCAUGCUUACCCUAUCUGCGUCCACAGUGAAAAUUUCCAGUUUUAAACAAUUAUCACAUUUUCUGCAAAUUGCAAAGGACAGAGCAUUAAAAGAAACACAAGCUUGCUUGGAAGCAAACAGGGAUCCUAUUGCCCAUAUUCUCGGGCCUGGAUUUGCUACUAUUGAAGGAGAAGACACCACCAUGCUGCGUCUGUUGGAUAAAAUGCGUCAAGACAGCGAUGGCAAUACGGAAAUUAAAAUGAAGAUUUUUCUGCUACUCCAGCAACUCGAUAUGCAGCUGCUUAACAGCUCUUUAAAACACAUUUCACAAGAAGUGCGUCUGACUCCAGCUGCAGUUAAAAAUGAGGUUGAUCUGAUAAGGCAUUUUUGCAGCAAUGAAGAAAAGUCAGUGCUAAAAUCAAUUGAAUAUACAUCAGAUUAUGAGUUCUCCAAUGGCUGCCGUGCCCCACCUUGGAGACAGGUUCAUGGAGAAAUAUGCUAUUUGAUGGCUACACCUCAUGACACCGAUCCUCUCUCCAUUACAUGUAGCACAGCAGGUGCCUUUUUAAAUGGGGGUAAAAUCAAGGAUAAGGAUGAAAUUAACUAUGACAGGCAAAGUGAAAUAUAUAAAGAUCUCAUAACGCUUUUGAAGGAAAAGUCAAGGCGGUUUGCAGAAAAUAUUACACAACAGGAUUUUACAUUAUUUGAAGACCAACCAGUGGCUACAAAAACUCAACAUGUGGAUGUAGUUGAUGCAGAGGAGUCGAGCCAAAACCAUUGGUCUAAUGAGUAUCCCGAAAAGGAAGCACAUGAGAAGACAAGGCAUCCCCUUGUAAAAAGCAAGACUAACAAGCCCAAAUUAGAACCGUCUCUCCAAUGGAAGAAUCUUAAUCUUAAUGGUCACCAGGAAAUAAAACAAAUUAAAAGUGAAAAGUCUUCUGACAAGAAAGAGUUCAUCAAAGAUCAAAAAACAGGGAAGCCUACCAGUGCCGAAAGUAAGAACAGACCUCGUGUACCUUCCUCUGGUCUGAGAAGACAUUCUGCUCUGAAAAGUAAAACCCCUGGAAACAAAUCUGAAUUUAGUGAAAGCUCCACGGAAAGUGAGGCCGAUGAAGAACAGCCAGAAAGGCGCCAGGAGAGUAAUACGGACCUUCCUUCAGAAUACUGGCAAAUUCAGAAACUCGUAAAAUAUCUAAAGGGAGGAAAUCAGACAGCCACCGUCAUUGCUCUCUGCUCGAUGAGAGACUUUAAUCUUGCGCAAGAAACAUGUCAGCUGGCUAUUCGAGAUGUUGGAGGACUUGAAGUUCUGAUUAACUUGCUUGAUACAGAAGAGAUCAAGUGCAAGAUUGGUUCAUUAAAGAUAUUAAAAGAAAUUAGUCAUAAUUCACAAAUCAGAUGUGCUAUUGUUGACCUUGGCGGCUUACAAACCAUGGUCAAUAUACUCGACUCUCAGGACAAGGACUUGAAGUGUUUGGCAGCAGAAACUAUAGCAAACGUUGCAAAGUUUAGACGAGCUCGACGGACAGUUAGACAGCAUGGUGGUAUCAAGAGAUUGGUUGGGUUGUUGGACUGUGUUCCAAUGAGAUCAUCAAACCUCACUCCAGAACAGGAGAAAGACAUUGAAGUGGCAAGAUGCGGAGCUCUUGCCCUGUGGAGCUGUUCUAAAAGUACCCGGAAUAAAGACGCAAUUCGAAAAGCUGGUGGAAUACCUCUACUUGCGCGGCUUCUCAAAUCUCCUCACUCAAACAUGCUGAUACCGGUGGUUGGAACUCUUCAAGAAUGCGCUUCAGAAGGAAGUUACAGACUUGCAAUAAAAACAGAAAAGAUGAUUGAAGACCUUGUAAAAAAUCUUAAUAGUGACAAUCAGGAGCUUCAAAUGCAUUGUGCCAGCGCAAUAUUUAAGUGUGCAGAAGACGAAGAAACACGGGACCUAGUUAGGCAAUAUGGAGGCCUGCAGCCGCUCGCCAUGCUUCUCGGCCAGUUUGACAAUAAGGAGCUGUUAGCUGCAGUGACAGGAGCCGUCUGGAAAUGUUCCAUCAGUCGGAAUAAUGUGACAAAGUUCCAGGAAUUCAAGGUUAUAGAAACUCUUGUUAAUUUGCUGACUGACCAACCUGAGGAAGUCCUUGUGAAUGUUGUCGGUGCUUUGGGAGAAUGUGGCCAGGAACCGGGCAAUCGGGCCAUCAUUCGCAAAUGUGGUGGGAUAAAUCCUCUAGUUAAUUUAUUGACCGGAACUAACCAGGCUUUGUUGGUGAAUGUAACUAAAGCUGUGGGAGCUUGCGCAUCAGAGGCCGAGAAUAUGGCCAUAAUUGACCGAUUAGACGGAGUUCGUUUGCUGUGGUCUUUACUUAAAAAUCCACAUCCAGAUGUUCAAUCAAGUGCAGCCUGGGCUAUCUGUCCCUGCAUCGAAAAUGCAAAGGAUGCUGGAGAAAUGGUGCGAUCCUUCGUUGGGGGCUUAGAAUUAAUUGUGAAUUUGCUAAAAUCUGACAACAUUGAGGUACUUGCAAGCGUUUGUGCCGCUAUCACGAACAUAGCCAAAGAUGAAGAAAAUUUGGCCGUUAUAACAGAUCACGGAGUGGUUCCCAUGCUGUCUACGCUAACUAACACGACGGAUGACAAAUUGAGGCGCCAUUUGGCUGAGGCCAUUUCACGCUGCUGCACGUGGGGAACUAACCGAGUGGCUUUUGGAGACGCCAAUGCUGUGGCUCCUUUGGUGCGUUACCUGAAGUCAAGUGACCCAUUAGUUCAUCGAGCUACGGCACAAGCUUUGUAUCAGCUUUCAGAAGAUGCCAACAACUGUAUAACAAUGCACGAGCAUGGUGUUGUGAAACUGCUGAUAGACCUGGUUGGAUCUACUGAUGAAAUUCUCCAGAAUGCUGCAGCCGGAUGCAUAUCGAACAUUCGUAGAUUGGCUUUGGCAAAUGAAAAAGCAAGAUAUGGCUGAACUUUGAAUUGUAACAACUACACGUCCUUAUUUUUACUCCACAAUAUUUUACAGCAUUUUCCAAGUCACACACUGUUUAACGAAUUGUUUUUUAUUCCAAAAUCCCUGCAGAUAUUUAUUGAAGCAUCUGUUAUUACCAACAUAAAGCAACGGAACUUAGAAAAAGCUAUUAGAGUUAAUAUGUAAUCUAUGUUUUCUAAAAGACAAUCUACAUACAUUUCAUGUGUAUGGCUUCACAUUAACUUACAUACGAUCAACUCUAGAUCUAAAAACCUAAUCUAAUGUUCUUUUUUUUGGAGUUUUCUUUCCACCCACAAGAGCCUGAUGACCACAUAUCUAAACCUUCAUCUGGCAACUGGAGAAAACCAAAUAACUGAGCAUCUGAACUGUCCAGAUCAUUCCACAGGCAUGUCGUAAUUUAUUGUCAUUUUACCAGCUUCAAAUAACAGAAUACCAGAAUAACAUCUAAUUAUAUCUCAGCAGUUAACACAUAUGUUUCAACUGUUUCAUUCCGUUCAGAACAUAUGUAACUGGACAAAACUGUACUGUCUACUUCACACACAUGCAAACAUGCCUAACGAAAAUAUAAAUAAAGUAUUGAUCUCCAA